UUAGGAGGGGUUGGAAAGGUGGCCAGGGGCAAGGGUGAGGUUUGGGGAGAGGGGGGCAAGGUAACGAGACAAUGCCAAAUUCGGAAGCAGUUUUUGUCACUGUAGCUGCGGCCGAGCCUGCCGUGGAACCGGCAGCAGAGCGUUCUCCCAAUGCCAAGGGAAAGCUGUGUGGUCACACGCCUGCAUCCCAGGCUGUUUCCGACGCUGACGUUGUGACCAUAUCUGCUGCUUCCAACGGUGAAGCUGUGGCUGAUCCAUCCCUGAAAGCUGCACAGACUCGCCAGCAACGCCAUCAAAGUGAGGUCGCCCAAGGUCAAGCUAUGGAGGUGGACAUCAACAUCAAUUGCAAGUCAGAGUCAUUGGAACACGAGAAGGAAAUGAGAGGGGCAGAGGUCGGAAAAAACACUCGCGACCACUCGGAAGUGAAUCCUUUCGAAGCUCUCGCAGCAGAAGCGACGGAUGAAGACAAUGAAGAGGUAUGAUGAUGUUACACCAGCAGGCCUAGCUCAGUUGGUACACUCCCAUUAACUGUUGAAAUUAUGAAUCGGACCCAAGUUCGAAUCCAGAUACUGUCAGAUGAACAGAACAAAAUCAUAUGUAGCCC